GCAUAGUGCUUCCUUGCUUUCAGGUGUAGCAAUCGAUAAAAUGGAAUAUAUAUCGUAAACCCAAGACUACUACUACAGUCAUCAAUAUGAGAUUAGACACACUUGCCAUCCCUUUGAUUCUCCUCCUAACCACUGUUACAUCUGUGGAUCAACUAUUCGACGUCAUCAGCCAAUUGCGAGAAGCAGCCAUUGUAUGUUAUACCCUAACUUCGAACGUUGCUCACACUAUUCGUUCGUAUUCUAACUAUCACCCCUUCCCUAGAAUCUGAACAAUCUCCUCAAUAAUGCCACCGAUGACUCCCGCUUCCUGAACAAAGACCUCAUCGAAUUUUUCAAGAACACAACAUUACAAAACACAAUCUUCAUCAACGGAAUCAACGUCGGAGUGACACAGCGUGAAGCGUUGACAGACCUUGUAAGCAAUAACGGUCAUGACAUAUUCCCACUACAAGCUAGCCUGGCAGUUAUUCAACAACUCACUGAAAUCGUUAAUAAGACACUUUUCAGCAUCAAUGAUAUUUCCAAUGAUGAUUCUAACCUCCAAGAUGAUAUCUUAGAGAAUCGGAUUGCAACUGUUAAUCUCAUAAGAUGCAAUCAGUUGAUACCUGCCAUAUGGGAAUUUUGGAAUCAGACGGCUAAUGUAUUGGGUGAGGAUCAGAUUCUGGAUCUUCCGGGCCCAAUCGUUUGCGAAAAUUUUGAUGCAGUACAGGUAGUUAUCCUAUUGGGGAUCCGGCUUUUGAGUAGAGUCGGCGUGUGAGGGAUUCCUAUUGACGCAAAAGAUAAAGUCUCAUUUUAGGGUUUGGACUAAGAGUGACUAUAUCUAUAUAGCUUUUGGCGAAAGGUACAGAGGCGUUGCCUGUGAAGCAGACGUUGUUUAGUACUGACUUGACAUUCGUGGAUAUAAACAAGUAGUUUUCAUCAAUUAAGGUGCGGUCCAGGCUCAUGAUCAAGUGCUCCUAGGGUUUUAUCUCAGAACUAUGUUAGGGGGAUAACCAACAAUAUAGCGAGGCAGAUAACCCGAGCCCAAGUCCCUCAUCUCAUCAGCGCAAACCAUAUCCAGACUAGGAGUUAAGCAUUUUUUCUCCACAACACUGGAUAUGAUCCUAUUCAAAAAGCACUUGGUCGCUUGAACGUGCUUUGAUCAAUGUCCCAACAACAUGAAAAUUCAAAACAAGAGGCUUAAGAGACUUUCGUGUAGUCACUGUUGAGAACGACAUUGAGGAAAGAUUCGCUCGAGCACGCGGUGAUACC